AAACCGGAAGCGGCUCGCUCAGUUACCAGACGGCGCAUUGAAGAGAAGCUGCUGCGACAUCAGUGAGCUCGAGCUCUCCGGGACGCAACGAAUGACUCCCUCCUGCUAAAAAAAAAAAAAUCUGUGACGGUGAUACAUUUCGUUGUGGCCGGGCUGUCCAGAUUUAGCUGCUGUCACAAAGGCUGCAUUGUUUGUUGACAGUGAGAGACCAAAGCUAAAGUUGAGCCUCUCGGCUCACCAGUCUCCCUCCUCGGGGCUUCCCACGCGCUGAAGACUGAAGCAUGCCUAACGAGGCGGACCACCUUGAGGCCAGAGGAGACAAGGAAUCGAAGAAGAAGGAGGAGGAGGAGAGGAUGCAGGGUGCUCCCGAGGCCACAUUGAAUGAGAGGAUACGGGCAAAUAGUUCGAGCCCCCACAGGGGGAACACUCCUCAAGCCAGCCCGCCCCGGUUCGUCUCCGUGGAGGAGCUGAUGGAGACGGCUGAAGGAGUCACCAACAUGGCUUUGGCUCAUGAAAUAAUGGUCAACCAGGAUUUUCAAGUCAAACCGGUGGUCCUUCCCGAGGGGAGCUUGGAGCGCCAAGUGAAGGAGAUCAUGCACAAGGCAUUCUGGGAUUGCUUGGAGGCUCAGCUGAAGGAGGAACCGCAGACGUAUGGACACUCCAUCAAGCUGCUGUCCGAGAUCAGAGAGACCUUGCUGUCCUUCCUGCUGCCGGGCCACGGCCGCCUGCGCUCCCGCAUCGAGGAGGUCCUGGACCUGCCGCUGAUCCAGCAGCAGGCCGAGAACGGCGCGCUGGACAUCGGCAAGCUGUCCCAGUUCAUCGUCGGGAUGAUGGGCUCGCUGUGCGCCCCCUGCAGGGACGAGGACAUCCGAAAGCUGAAGGAGAUCACUGACAUCGUGCCCCUGCUUAAGGAAAUAUUCUCCGUGCUGGACCUGAUGAAGGUGGACAUGGCUAACUUCGCCCUGACCAGCAUCCGGCCUCACCUGAUGCAGCAGUCGGUCGAGUACGAGAGGAGCAAGUUCCAGGGGUUUCUGGAGAAGCACCCCAAUGCCUUAGACUACACAGAGAAGUGGCUCGAGGACACGCUGAGAUGCAUGAGAGAGAGGGGCCCCUGCGCCCCGUCGUCAGGCCCUCCCUCCCUCUCCCCCGUCAACGUCCACAACCACGCCUACCUCCGCCUGCUGACGUGGUCCCACGCCUCCGACCCCUUCCCAGAGACGGUGCUGAUGGAUCAGGUCCGGUUCCAGGAGAUGCACCGAGAGGAGGAGCGGCUGGUCAUGCUGUCGUCCGUGCUGCUCAUCGUCUACACCACCACGGGGGAGGCCAUAUCCGGCCUGCCGGGGCUGAUGGAGAAGCUGAAGGACAUCGUCAGCGCCAUAUUUGCGGACAUGCACGCGGCGUCCUUCAACGCACCGGAGGCCUUAGCGACCGUCGGGGAGAAGCUGUGUGUCGAGCUGAGCGAGUGUCUGAGCCGACACGGCUACUCUCCGUUCACGGCGGUCCGGAGGAGCGCUCUGACGGGACAGAUCUCCGCUAUCAUCCAGCCCGACAACAGCGUCCGCCAGCUGAUGGAGUCCCGGCUUCAGAACUACCUACUGGCCUCCCUAGAGUCCAGUCAACACAAGAACCCCCCCUCUCUCCCUGGAGGUCUGGCCCCGGUCGGCAGGGAGGUGAAGGAGCUCGCUGUUCGCUUCAGUCGCCUCAUCAACUUCAACAAGCUGGUCUUCUCCCCGUUCUACCAAAAGAUUCUCCAAAAACUCCUGGCACCCGGGGAGAGUCCCAGCACUGGGACGUAAGCAGUUUGCCCCCCACCCCUCUCCCCCGCCCCCCUCCGUCAUUCCCCUCCUCUUCCGCUGAGGACGCUUAUCGGUCCCCAGCGCUUGCACCUUUAACCGAUAUAAUGAAAGCAAACCCACUAGCGACCAUCUCGAUGGCAUCAACUCCCACUGCUGCUUCUAGGAUCAAAUCUCAGGCCUCAUAACCCUCCGGCUGCCCUCUGUUCAGUGUUCCUCGCACGGCCGGGUGUCCUUCACUUCAUCCGAGCCAAUAGCUGUGUUUUAGAACCAACACUACGUGUUAUGCUCACCUUACUUUGCAGCGUAGAACACUAUAGGGAGCUGCGAUAUAAGAUGAAUGAAUCUACUCUUUUAAAUCUUUGACAUCUAUGUUAAAGAUAAAAUCAACUGGACACACUGAGGGUCUUUCUAUUUAAAUAGUAUGUACUCAGAGUGACACACGUUUGGUCCUGCUGCGUUUCGGCCCGAGUUUAUUCUGUGAAUCUUUAAAAAAAAAAAAAAAAAAAUGUCUACACCUAAACCUACGGCCCAAUCUCUUUAAACGUGCUCCAACAAUUCUUUGAGUACAAACUACAGCAACAGAGCUGACAGGGUUAACCUGAGGGGGGGGACCAGAGGUUGGCCAUUAGCUUGCCAAAAUGGCAUUUUAGCGACCAGCCCGCUAUGUUAAUAAAACCCAGAAAAGCUCGGAUUACAACACACAGGGAGAGCGACUUCAUACGGACACAGAGAGACAUCACUUUAUCUGUACGUGGCAAAUACAGCUGUUUGAUGCUAUGCUCAUUCUCUGUAUGUCAUUUAUUCUAUGUGUUAUUAUAAGGCGCUCUUAUGGCGUCUCAACAUGUGAGGAGUUGCAGGGAGAUGGAGUUCGGGCCGAGACAUGCAGGCCGCAUUCCAUGAGAAAAGCCAACAAGCUCAUUAAGGGGUUCCACAUCUGCAAGAGUUAGAGACGAGAAGAUCAGCCGGCUAGUUGGGACUGGCAACGAGCAAGAAGAGUCCCGCUUAGUCCACACCUCUGAAUUAACAUGGUUUCUCCCGGUUGUUUAAAUUGACAAUUUUACCGGCCGUUGAAUCUCGUCAUGGUCUUGAAUAUUUUUUCGACAGAUUUAUUUUUCUCAAGGGAAAUGUAGGAAUGUUGUGCCCGGGAGCAAUUGCCUAGCAACCACUGUGUCGAAAUUAGGCUGCAGGAAGCUGCCUGAACGUUUCAUUUAAAACUUAAAAAAAUGUUGCAAACCCUCCAAACGCUUCCUCUAAAAAACACCUCAUUUAUAUGACUCAUUUUUCACAGGAUGCAAAACAGAACACAUUAUGUUCACGUAAAUUAAAAUUGACUAUUACAUGAGUUAAUAAAUAAUGAUAUUUUACAAUAAUGCAGAGAUUUACCAAGUCCUACUCUGUGUGGAAGGCCGCAAUAACGAGCUGCAUUUGUGGCAACUACUGGUUCAUUCAUAUAUUUGGCAGGGCACAUGGGUCUAAUCAAAAGGGGAGGAGCCUAAAACAGAUUCUUCAAGUGAGAUACAUGAGGCACUGAGUGAAUAUUUUUCGUAUUAAUGCAUUUGAAUUAUCAAUUUACUCUUUGUUGUACCAGAUUCUUUAAAUCUCUCUUAAAAUCUUCCAAUUUGUUAAAUACAUGUAAAAUAGCUUUGUUAAGUUCCCAUGGUUACCGCAGUGGCCUGGGUUCAAAUCCCACAUGUGGCCUUCUGCAUUUUGUCGUCCCGUUUAGCAAGUAAAGCUAAGGCUUGAGUCAACGCCGGACAAGGUCCUCCUAGAGCUCUCCUUCAGUAAACACUGGCACUCAUUCUGCUCAAAGAGGCCUGACGAAAGAUCGUACUCCGAACACAGCAGCAGCAGCACCUCUUUAGUCAGCAUUCAGGAGUGAGCAGUUUUCAAACUCUGUGCUGCUGUUGUAAUGGAAUGAGCAAGACGCCAGAUGAUGGACUGUGGCCUUUUUACUGUUGUGGUUACAAAUUAUACCCUUUUUUGGUGAUUGAAAUCAAAACAUUCUUAUUAUCAGAUUGGCUUAGUUCGACAGUUCAGAUGUUUGGGUUUCGACGUGUAUAAAAAAUGAAAUAACAUACCUUUUUGAGCACUGAAUUUAUUUCAUAACAUAAAAGCCUGCUUGAGGGUCCAAAUCUUCGUACUGCCUCUGAAGUGCAGCAGCGGCCAGAUGACAUUUCGAUGAGAUUCCUCUUAACAAGAAUCUGAGAAUAACUUCCUACGUAUUUUUUCUUGAAUUAGUCCACACUAGUAAUAUAAAAAUAAAGGUAGACUUUUUGUAUCUGCUGUACGUGUGUGUGUGUGCGGUUCAUUAGAAAAGAGGAAAGUGAAAGAGGGAGUUGAUGGGACCAGACCUAUUUGAACCGUAGCUGUCUUUUAAUAGUUUCUCAAUUGCAUUUUGUUCUAAUGGUUGAUAACAUGUUAAGAAUUUUUACCUUUGUCCAACACGUUGGGCCACAUUCGUUCAGAUAUGUGUAGGAAUGUUCUGCCCACAAAAUAAUUCCUUGAAGUCAAUGAAUUACAAUGAAUUUUGAGUUGUCAAAAAUGUUUUUAUUGAAAGAAACGUUUGAUCUACAUUUGAUGGCAUUGAGGCUUUCAAAAACAACACGUUUGCUGCUGUUACAAAACAGUGUGCUCUUGCAAUCUGACAGCAACAUGGAUCUGAAAAGAUCAAUAUAUAUAUAUAUAUAUAUAUUCAUCAUGACUAUAUGCUGAUCAAAGGGCAUCAAUUUUCUCAAGGUAUUAAAUACUGUUGGCCAAUUCAAUAAAUCGUUUUUUAAUGAAUGUGACUUUUGAACACACAGCGCCAUAUCAAAGAUUUUUAAUCUGUCAUUUAUUUAUACAUAUAAAUGACAGAUUAAAAACAUUGAUGUACAAUAAUGGUUGCUUUGCUUAAUAUUUGACACAACAAUUGUACCGUGUGGUAGCGUGUAACGUUUUUUUGCUCUAUCAAGCAGGAUGACGUUGAAUAACACAUUUGCAUUGCAUGACGCCACCGAUUACGCCGGUAUUUGUCUUUUAAUGUCAAUCCCACAUGCCAAUAAAGCUUUGUCCGUCCCAAA